CGCGCCCCGCCCCCGGCCUCGCAGCACUCGCGAGCAGCGGCGCGGCCGGCGGCCGAGUUGGGAGGAUGCGGCGGCGCUCGCGGAUGCUGCUGUGCUUCGCCUUCCUGUGGGUGCUGGGCAUCGCCUACUACAUGUACUCGGGGGGCGGCUCCGCGCUGGCCGCGGGCGCGGGCGGCGGCGCCGGCAGGAAGGAGGACUGGAAUGAAAUUGAUCCAAUUAAAAAGAAAGACCUUCAUCACAGCAAUGGGGACGAGAAAGCACAAAGCAUGGAGACCCUCCCUCCAGGGAAAGUCCGAUGGCGGGACUUCAAUCAAGAAGCUUACAUUGGCGGGACAAUGGUCCGCUCUGGACAGGACCCCUACGCCCGCAACAAGUUCAACCAAGUUGAAAGUGACAAGCUGCGGAUGGACCGAGCCAUUCCUGACACCAGACACGACCAGUGUCAGCGGAAGCAGUGGCGGGUGGACCUGCCGGCUACCAGCGUGGUGAUCACGUUUCACAAUGAAGCCAGGUCGGCUUUGCUGAGGACAGUGGUCAGUGUGCUCAAGAAAAGCCCACCCCACCUCAUCAAGGAAAUCAUCUUAGUGGAUGACUACAGCAACGACCCUGAGGAUGGAGCUCUCUUGGGGAAAAUUGAGAAAGUGCGGGUUCUCAGAAAUGAUCGGCGAGAAGGCCUGAUGCGCUCGCGGGUUCGCGGGGCUGACGCAGCCCAGGCUAAGGUCCUGACAUUCCUGGACAGCCACUGUGAGUGCAACGAGCACUGGCUGCAGCCCCUCCUGGAGAGGGUGGCCGAGGACAGGACCCGGGUGGUGUCACCCAUCAUUGAUGUUAUUAAUAUGGACAACUUCCAGUAUGUAGGGGCAUCUGCUGACUUGAAAGGCGGUUUUGACUGGAACUUGGUGUUCAAAUGGGAUUACAUGACACCCGAGCAGAGAAGAUCCCGGCAAGGGAACCCCGUCGCCCCCAUAAAAACCCCCAUGAUUGCUGGAGGGUUGUUCGUGAUGGAUAAGUUCUAUUUUGAAGAACUGGGGAAAUAUGACAUGAUGAUGGAUGUAUGGGGAGGCGAAAACCUGGAGAUCUCAUUCCGCGUGUGGCAGUGCGGUGGCAGCCUGGAGAUCAUCCCCUGCAGCCGUGUGGGCCACGUGUUCCGGAAGCAGCACCCCUACACUUUCCCGGGUGGCAGCGGCACUGUCUUUGCCCGUAACACCCGCCGGGCAGCUGAGGUCUGGAUGGAUGAAUACAAAAAUUUCUACUACGCAGCAGUGCCUUCUGCCAGAAAUGUUCCUUAUGGAAAUAUUCAGAGCCGAUUGGAGCUUAGGAAGAAACUGAGCUGCAAGCCUUUCAAAUGGUACCUUGAGAAUGUCUACCCAGAAUUAAGGGUCCCCGAUCACCAGGAUAUAGCUUUCGGGGCCUUGCAGCAGGGAACCAACUGCCUCGACACUUUGGGACAUUUUGCUGAUGGUGUUGUUGGAGUCUACGAGUGUCACAAUGCUGGGGGUAACCAGGAAUGGGCCUUGACAAAGGAGAAGUCAGUGAAGCACAUGGACCUGUGCCUGACCGUGGUAGAGCGGGCGCCCGGCUCGCUGAUAAAGCUGCAGGGCUGCCGAGAAAACGACAGCAGACAGAAAUGGGAGCAGAUCGAGGGCAACUCCAAACUGCGGCACGUGGGCAGCAGCCUGUGCCUGGACAGCCGCACGGCCAAGGCCGGGGGCCUGAGCGUGGAGGUCUGCGGCCCUGCCCUGUCCCAGCAGUGGAAGUUCUCGCUGAACCUGCAGCAGUAGGAGAGCCGGGGCCAGGCGUCCUUCUCCCGCACCAUCCGACUGAGUUUGAUGAUCACGUUCUUGAUUAUGUUUCUUAAACUUUCCGCGAAACUAUAUACCUCAGUAUUCCAUCAUGGUCUGAAAGUCGGAGAACUUCAGCAAGGCCUGGGGGACCAGGUGGGCCCAGCGGAGGCAAGAAAAGAGAACUGCUCCUCACCUCACAGGACGCAGACAGCACCCCCUUCUGGAGGCCACGCCACCCCCUUCCUUCCCAGCCUCCACAGAGCAGCACCCCUGGCGACAGCAGCAAAAGGAAGAGAAGGACCCGAGGCCUGUGCGGUGGAGGGAGGGAGGGAGGGAAAACGGGGCGUGGCUGCCAUCCCGCAGCCAGGAGAUCUCUUCCUAGAUCUCCAUUUUUGACCCCAUGGGAAUCACGUGUGGUUUCCGCAGAAUCGAAUCAUGUCACUUUGUCCGCAGGUUUACGUGUGUCCCUCCCCCCGCCCCGUUCCCAACUGUCUUCCUAGCACAGACCCCUCUUCCACAUGAUGUACUUGCUAUAUUUGAAUAUGAACUUUUCUAUGGUGGGACACUAAAUAUAAAUAUAUAUAUAAAGAAAGAAUGUACGGUCAGUUCCCUAUGGUUUCUGUAGGUCACCUCAUCUUGUAAAUUCCCCACAGAGCAGUUUGCAGCCGAGGAGGGAGUGGGACACUUCCAGGUCAGGCUCUUCCAGAAGGAGGACAUGGCCUCCUUGGCCCGCUGGAGCCUUAUCUGUGAGUAGGUGCUACUGCGGCCAGCCGGGGUCUGGACAAGCGUGCCCCGGAGGCUGGCCAUGCCCGGCGCCCCAGACUGCCACCCUCAGGCCUGGGCAUCUGUCCGGCUUCAGCUUGGGGAGUCACUGCUGCGUGUUGAAAUAUUCUUUCCAUGCCCUUGGUGUCUGUAAACCUGGUUGGGCUACUUACUUUGACAUAUGUUGCUUUGGGUCUUUUUAAAUUCAAUUUCUUUUCUCUAAGGAAAAAGAAAGCCAAUCCCACAGCUCCCGUGAGAGUAGAAACCACUGGGCUCCCUGGGGGCUGGCAGUGCCGUCUCGGGGCCCUGCACCCUGGCCUGCCCUCUCAGGCCCAGGGGACGGUCUCAGGGUCAAGAAUAGGAAGGCUGGAAACCCACAGCACCUGGUCAUUGAGGAUUCAGGCCAUGAAUUGGGGGUCUUGUGGUUUAGGAAGCAGGUGUCAGUAUAAACUGUGAGACAGUUAAAAACUAAUUAUAGUAACAGGAAGAGAUGCCUGGGUGUCUUGCCUCGAUGCCUGUGAAUGUCCCUCAGAGCCCACCUGCCUUUGCUGUGCCCCCACAUGCAGUGACAGACGAGCCCCUGCAGAGCAGUGCCUCAGUCAUUCAUGUGGUCACUGCCCUCCUGUCUUCUGCAUUCCUCCCUCACGCCCGCCCCUGCACACAUAUCCUCGGUCUCAGCGAGGAGCCCCGUGCUGCAUCAUAAAUGCAAACUUUCAGCCCUUUGGGAGGGACUGAGAGGUCGCAGAGAAAUGGCCUCAGAAGAUUCUGGGUUGACACUGCUGAGUGCUGCUCUUACCAGCCUGCUCUUCUAGGAGAGGGGGCGCUGCCACAGGCUCGCCUGAGUGACCUCUUUGACAGCGGGCUCAGGCACGCGGUGUGGCUGGUGACUGUCCCACGUCCUCAUCCUUCACGCCCCUUGCCCAGUAAUCAGGUGCAUUUAGUGGACAGAGAGGCUAUAGCUGAUGAACUCUGCACACUUCUCUCUUAGGGGCUGAUCUUAAGACCGGUAGGCUCCUGGGGACAGCCCUCGGUACCUAUGCGGAGCUGUCCAUCACAGGGGUGGGAACCGGGUCGUGGUGCAGGCGCCCUCAGCCUGAGCACCCAGUUCCCUUGUCAGCGCCUGUCACCUGUGAGCUUCUGCUGCUGUUGCAAAGAAAACAGUCGCCGGGAUACAAGCAAAUUUGGCUUUGAUGUAAAACAAAUUUUAAUCUGGUCCUUGAGGAAUCCUUCGCCCACUCACCUCCACCCAGCCUGGAAGUCUCACCAAUCUUUGUACGAUCGGGUCAGGGUGCCCAGUCAGGGGGGCAGCACUGUCCCUGAGCUGAGGGGGCAGCGGCCGGGGUGGUGCAGGCCGGGGGGAGCGGAGGGAGGCCGGGCAGCCCUCUCAAGGCGAGCUAUGUUUACAUGACACGGUGUGCCAAAGUGACUUGCUGUGGUUGCGUUAUUUUUUAGUCACCGGGACGAUCCCAUCUUCCCGCUCCCGUUUUUACAAGAUGCUUUCCUAAGAGCCCUUUGAGCAAAGUGUGGCAAAGUCAGCUGUCUUCUCUGUGGUGGUCUUUUCUUAUGUCUUUAUCAUAAAAGCUACAAUGACAGUCUCUGUGAGUAUGUUUUGCAAAUUCAAAAUAUAGUUUGGUAAUUUUUUUUCCAGUUGAUUUUUAAAAAGAACUGCUGUACAGAGCUUGUACUUUGUCCAUUUUAUAGAUGGAAACCAUCCUUGAAAAUUGUUUAACUUAAAUAAAGAGAAGAUACUUUAUAGAUAAAGCUCUUAGUGGCGG